GGAAGCUUUGUGACACUUCUUUAUUUCUUCAGUGGAAAAAAAAACUGCGCGAGUUCCUCCUCCUCGUCAUUGCACAUCAACAACAAAUAAAACCUCCAGCCUUUUUACCAGUAUCAAACGCAUCACUACAACUUUCCUCAAUUUUUCUACCACUGAUCUUAAAUGAACUAUCCGCUUUAGUAUUUUUGAGAACGACGUGUACAACUAGAAUCUAUCACUCGUGCAUACCAAAAAACGCCUUCAUUCUCUUUAUUUUUCGCGAUUUAUUUUAUUCUUUCCGAUCAAAAAUAAAACUAAGAACCGUUUUUGCACUUAGAACGCUUUAUACUGACUUCUCGUCUCUAUAUCGUUGUAUACCCAGCGAAACCGAAACCGAAAGUGCCACUUGAUAUAGUACUCGUGUCGAUUUUGAUUCAAAAGAAGGACAGAGUAGAGAAAUCGAACUGAGAUGAAAUUGAAAAUGGGUUCUCAACAUCUCGCGAGCAAUCUGUUCCUUUUCGCGGCAGGGUAUUGUUCCUUCUUCCUGGGAGCAGUCAACGUUUCCCACGCCUUGCAGCUGCAGUCCGGAGUAGGCAGAGGAGGCGGUCGUGGAGCCUCCACCAAUCGCGGCCGCGUAGGAAGUAAUCGUCGCAACUACAAUUCUGGAAACAACAACGGCCAGGAGCAGGGGGCAAUAAACCAGCUACACAACGACCAAGGGGACGACGAUGAAAACGGCGCGGCAAUGGCAAUCCAGCACCAGCCACCGGUCCAAUUUUUCAUUCCCAGCGGGACUGACGACGAUUGGGGAGACUUCGCUGAUUGGCAGGCUGCUGCAGCGGCCGCAGCGCAACAACAGCAAGGGGGCCAGCAAGAUCAAGAUGCUCCGAUGUUGGGCGUCGCGGCGCAGCCUGCUGACCGUGAAGAGCAGCAGGAAGCUUUGGCGCAACUUGGUCCCCGCGGAUCAUCAUUCGGUGCUGCUGUUGGGGCUGGUGCAGGAGCUUCUUCAGGACCCGCGGCGGCCUCUUCUAGUAGUUCCUCGCAAGAACAUGGUCCUCCAGGCAUGAUGAAUUUUUUCGGCAGGAGCUCCUCAUCCUGGGCAGGUGGUCCAGGUUCUUCCUCCUCCAGUUCCGGCGCAGCGUCCUCAUCCACCACCCCUUGGCACAUGAUGCCCGCAGGAGCCGGUAGUUCUAUUACAAUGAAAAAUGCCCCCACCCCCAGCUUGGCAGCAUCUGUAUUGCAAACCUUUCCAACAGAAACACUCCCCGUCGUGCAUAUCUCAGCAUCACAAAUUUUCCAUUCUGAAUAGGUCAAAUUUGUGUUGCGAAGUAGCCCAACAGCAGCCGGAUCUGUUAUGCACAAGGCACCUUGCGCACCCAGAUUCUGCAUCAGAAACGCUCGCAAUUCUUUUAUGCAAGACAAAAAGCUUUCAUUUGGAAAAUUUGCAUGACAAACUUCUGCAAAUUCCGGGGUGGGAGCAUUUUUCACUAUAAUAACUUCGUCCUUUUCUUCCUCAUCUUCUUCCGGGGCCGCGCUGGUAAAUAACUUCCCCGGAGGGCGUCCAUUUCACAGUAGUUUUCUUCAUCCAGAAAACACCACCACGACCUCCACCCGGCCGGCCCCGGGAUCGCCUGGAAGCCCUGGCGAGGAUACAACUACCGGACAAGCGAGAAAGAGGUUGGUGAGGAACGACGUCCGAGAUCCGUCCACGCCUAUGAUCAUACCAGGACUCCACCGCGAUCGCAACGCAAAAUGGCGAGAUGGACUGGGAUGCCGACCGGGCCAAGAGCAAGGCCUACAACUUCCAGGUAGUUCUACUUCCAUGGGGCCGUUGGCAGAAGGACCCAGUGGCGCAGAUGUUGAGGUUGGCGGCGGCGCUUUUGUCUCGGUCGGCGCCCCCAUGCCGGAUUUUAUCGUGACGGACGAUGCUAUACAGGAGGUGUUGUACGAAACUUUUCGCACCGACGAAGCCCUCUGGCAAGCCUACAUUCACUACUUCCCCAAUCACAACUCCUAUUGGCUUAUCCUGAGUAAAAACGUACCCACACCAGAGUUGUAAUGCAGAUUUGCAAAGACAGGAAGACUUGUAACGCGCAACCCCAUGAGAGCCAUUUCCAAUCGUGUUUUGGAAUUUGUGAUGCUGUGAACAGGAUGAGCAGAUGGAUCUGUGAUGCGGCUGCACAUGCUAACCUGCACUACACUGCAGAGCGCAACUUGUCAUGCGUGACGCACAAAACUCCUAGGUUUGUGUUGCAAAAUCCCCAUCCUGACUCUGGUGUGGGUACGUUUUUACUCAGGAUAUGGGUCGGAUGUAAUUUAACGCAGGAAGGUGAUGUAACAGCCCUCGGUCGUUUCCCGGAACUGCAAGAAGAGCACCGAGAGCCUCUGAACAUCCUCUACGGCUGGCUCGACGACGCGCUGGGUCGUCACGGGCGGGCGGGCCACAGACAGGGAAGGGGCGGGCAAGUCCUUCAAUACAUGUAUUUGAAUUUGCAAAGGUUGCUGCGGUGGAACACGCAAAACCACGCACGACUGGACCAUGACGCAAUGACGCAAGCAUACGAAGAACAUAUCAAAUGCAAAUUAAUCGAUCUGGGAGGUCUGGAAAACAAGUCGCGCAACGUCUGUCAAAUGCACGUCUUGCUUCAGCUACGAGGAGAUCAUCUGUGAUGUGUGGUUUAGCAUCACAGAUUCUACUUUGAGGACCUUUUUUUUCAAAGUGCCUAAAAAUUCGCAGGAGAAAUGCCACCUCCGCGUAGCGAAAAUUGGAUUCCUCUUGCUGCUCACGCAAUACAGAACUUUUUAGAACCCAAAGGCAGCAUUUUUAGCAGUUGCAAUUUUCCAGACUGCACCCAGAUAUUAUAUUUGCAGCGCAUACAACAUCAACAGCAGCAGCGACGACGUGAUGGAGGGAACGAUGGCCCUGGAGGAAAUAACGGGCCGUCAGGCCCCCUGCCGGAGGUGUGA